CAAAGCCAAACCUCGCUCCAAAACGAGCCAUGUUGUACUGACCAACCUCACGUCGUGAUGAAAUACUCUUGCUGUACUGCAGUGAAAAUUGCCCAUGGACAGUAUUCGCCCCGAAACAGAACUGUCAGGAACCUAAGCCAUGCUUGCAUCUUGUGGUAGCCCUGCGAUAGUCUUCCAAGUGGAACUUUAACCAGUCGUCGCGCGCCCCUGCAAAAUGUCGAAGGAUUCGUGUCAUUCUUCGAUAAGGACGGUCGUGUUAUUUCAGCUUUGAUGGCGACAAGUCCCCGUGUAACGAGCCCCCGCGCGGAGCCCGAUGAGGAUGAAAACCAGCCCCGCAGCCCCUCCGAGUAUAAGCGAUACUCUAGCUCGAGCAUCUUGACAGAUUCGUCACAAGAAGACUCCUCGUCCGACGUGCAAGUGCCGGCUUCGACAGGGGCCAAGGGCACGAAGCAGCACAAGGGUGGCAAAACUGCGCAAGAGCGGAAGAACCAACCCACCGCUGGGAAGUGCUUCAAGUCGUGGUGGAAGCAGGUUCUGUUCAUUGUCGUAGUGGUCGGGAGCGUCGUAGCUGGCACGGUGAUUGUGAUUUUAAAACUCGUGCAGCAAAAGGACUCUGCGAACUCUGGUUUUAACGGCAAUGGGUACUUUCCCAUCCCCACGGCUGAGGUUGAUUCGCUGGCGCAAACCGCCGGUCGCAUUGCCGAUGGGACGUCUGUGACGUCGGAAUCACUGCCCCUUGGAGUCAACCCCACCAAGUAUCCGCUACAAUCCUGCAAAUUGCCGCAAUACACGACUUCAGGCGGCAAGAUCUUUGUCCAAGGCCCCAAUAGCCUCCCGCAGCCGAUAUCUAUCAAAGGCAUCAGCUGGGCGGGCAUGGAAACGGCAGAUGCCAUCCCAAGUGGGUUGUGGCAUACUCCCAACAAUGGCACCACUGUGUUUCAACUGGCUGCCUUUCUCGCACGCAACAACUUUAACAGCGUGCGCCUUCCAUUGUGCAUUGAAAGCAUCCUCAACGACCGCCGCCCCAACCCAGACUUGAUCAACACGGCAGCCAACCGAGCCAUAAACGUCCAAAGCUACACCGGACUAUUGUCUUCUAUUAUCCGCGCCCUGGCGUUCCGCAAGAUCAGCGUAUUGCUCGAUUUGCACACGCUUACCCCCACGGACGCCGGCGGGUCGUGGACCAGCGACAACCUCAGCGAAAUCUCGUACUUGGCCGCGGUGGAUGUCCUCGCCACAAAACUAUGCAACGACCAGCACUGGAAUGUGAUUGGCAUCGACUUAAAGAACAAGCCGUACGCUGCCACGUGGGGGGACAAUGGUCCGAACGACUGGGCUGUCGGGGCCCCCAAGAUCGCCAAUCGCAUGCUCAAGGGUUGCCCGAAUUGGCUCGCGUUUGCGCAAGGCACGGUGUCCAAGCACACACUCCGGUCCGACGACAACACGCAAGUAUUUUCGUACACGGAUUGGUGGGGGGGUGGGUUGCAAAACGAGGCGACCGCGCCUUUGAAAUUGAGCAUCCCAAACAAACUUGUGUACGCGCCCCACUACUAUUCCCCGUCGGAAUACCCUCAAUCGUACUUUGUGCUCAAUGGCAUCCGAGACCACGACCUCAUGGUCGGUUACACCGAGUACACCAACGAAACGCUCAAGCGGCGCGUAACCGCCACGGCCGCCGACAUGUUUGGAUUCUUGACGCAGUACCAGCAAGGGGCGAUUGUGUUGGGCGAGUUUGGCGGGUUGUACACCAAGGAUGCGUUUGCCAACUUGACCAACCGUCGCGUGAUUGAGCUGACGAUGGACGUGGCGUCCCAGCCAGGGUAUGCGGGGGGAUAUGUUUGGGGGCUAAACCCCGAGACGACCUAUGAGUACAACCCUUCCGACACCAAGGGCUCGUGGAGCGAAGGGCUAGUGGACGAGACGUGGGCGACAGCCAAUCAACCGUUCUUGACCGCACUCAAGAAACUGGACGCGUUGCCGAAUUUGCAGCCAUGGCCGUGUCUAACUUAGUUGAUUUGUAUGUCGAAGUACUACUUCGUAACGUUGAUAAACAAAGUCCGAUGGCCCGUAUAUACAUACUGUACAUUCG